GAUGGCGGAAUAAUGAGCUGAUGUUCUUUGUCAAACAUUUAGUUUUUACCGUUUUCAACUCUCGUUCAGUAUGAAAAUCACUGACGACUUUGAGUCAAUUGAAUUGACUGAACCAAUUUUUAAAGAUGUGAAAUAUUUCGUCACCGGGAAACUACCACAGAAGGUAACUUCCUUGCUGAACGACGGAGGGGCGAAGAAAACUAAUUAUUUGAGCGAAAUUGUAACCCUUUGCAUUGCCGGCGAGGACUUUAACGAGAGCGAAAUCGCUGAAGCAAAAGACAUUUACGAAAUCCAAUCCGUUACCUGGAAAUGGGUCAUCCUGUCAGCAAGAUGUGGAACCCUUCUGCCUGUCAAAGGUUUCCUGGCAGAAACAACGCAAUUGUUCUCAGAAGUGGUCGCAUGUGUUUCUUCACUGUCAUCGGAGGACAACAAUGCUCUUUGGGCAAUGCUGAAUUUCUAUGGGGGAGAAAUGGUCACAAAACUCUCCAAGUCAUGCACUCACCUAAUUGUUUCACGACCAACUGGGGCUAAAUAUGAAAAAGCCGUUCAAGAGAAGGAAAAAGGCCAGAAAAUUGAAAUCGUCACGCCUGACUGGAUCAUCGAGAGUGUCAAAAGCAAAAGCCGUUGCGAUGAAUCUCUAUUCCAUCCAAGCCUAUUGAUUUUGCCAGAAGACAAAAAGGCCAGUGAUGGUCUGUCCUCAUCAAUUGCAGACAUCACGGGCUUUGCAGAGCCUGAGGCCACUGAAGAAUGCACCACUCCAACAGCAAAGCCUGCACCUCCAGUGUUGGAUCCAAAUAGGUAUGAGCGACUGAUGGAAAUGUUAGACCAAAGAAAACAGCAGGAGCAGCAAGUUAAUGCAGCGCAACAGCAGUUGUCGAACAUCCAACUUCAGCAGCAACAACUUUUGCAGCAGCAGAAACAGGCUCAAAAAAUGCAGCAACAGACUCCGAUUCAAAACCUUGAGGCUCUCCAGCAGCAGCAGCAGCAACAACAACAACCAGUAGUCCAAAGACCUCCCAUGGCCCAGCAGCCACAAGUUAUGCAACAGCAACAACCUCAAAUUCCUCAACAGCCGCAGCAAAUGCAGCCAGGGAUGAUUCCUCAGCAACAGCAGCAGAGGUUCCAAUUCCAACAGCAACAGUACCAGCAGAGAAUGCAACAAGGAUCCAUUAUCCAGGGUCAGCAGGGCCCUCGGAUUAUGCUCACUCAGCAGCAGCUGCAGCAGCGAGCCAUGCAGGGCAGCAUGCAGUUUAGAGCACCUCGAUACAUCAUUGCUGAUGGGAAACAAUAUGUGAUUAACUCGGCUCAGCAAGCGCAGCAAGUUGCAAAUUUAGUGCAGGGUGUUCAAGGUGCUGUGCAGAUGCAAGACCAACAGCAGCAGCCUAUGCAGACACAAAUGCAAGGGCAGCAAAAUGUACAAGCGGUGCAGCCGCAGCAGCAACAACAGCAUUUUGUAAAUGCUCCCCAAAUCCAGCAAGGAAAUGUUGCUGCAGGCCAAAACUGGCAGCAAGGGCAACCUCAACAACAAUUUCAAAUGCAACAGCAAGGCCCACCUCAACAGCAGCAGUUCCAAAUGCAGCAAAUGCAAGUUAACCAACAACAGCAAAUGGCUAUGCAACAGCAGCAGCAGCAACAACCCCAACAAGUCGGAGGUGGCAUGCAGAUGAAUCAAGGUGUGCAACAAGUUGUGAAUCAACUGCAAGGGCAAGCUGGACAGAUGCAGCCCCAACAAGGUCAAAUGCAGGGGCAAGGGACCCCCAUUCAAGGCCAACACCCCAUCCAGAAUCAAAUGCAGAGCCAAAUUGUCCCGGUUCAAGGACAAAUAGGGCCCCAAAUCCAGGGCCAAGUUGGGCAGAUCCAAGGCCAGGUGAACCAAAUUCAAGGUCAGAUGCAAGGCCAGCAGAACCAACAGCAACAGACAGCCCCACAGAGGCUCCUCUGGCAGCAGACGACCCCUCAAGGUCACAGGCAGUACUUCCAGCUCGACCCGCAGACCCACCAACAGUUGCAGGCCAUGGACCCAGCCCAGAGACAGAUUUUCAUCCAAAAGCUGCAGAAGAGGCAGCAGCUCAUCCAGAUGCAACAGCAGCAGGCUCAGGCUCGCCUCCAGCAGCAACAACAAGCAGGCGGAAUUGCCAUUCAGGGUGCCACCAGGCAGCCACUCACCCCACAACAGCAAGCUGCCCUCCGCCAGCAAUUCCAGCAACAACAGCAGAGGCUCGGUUUGUCUCCGCAAUGGCGAGAGGCAAUUCCUAAUCAGCAGGGUCCCCGCACAGUUCUCAUUCAAGGACAACAACAGAUUGUGGUGCAAAGACCCCAACAGCCCAUGGCUAUUUCGUCACCUCAAGCAACACCUACCCCUGUCCAACAACAGCACUGGACCCCUGGAACUCCUGGGGCGCCUCAGCAACCUGCUGGUGUCGGCGCUCCUGUUCAGACAGUCCAAACAGCCGGGAUUCAAACACCAGGCACUGCGAUUAUUCAAGGGGCCACUUUGCCCCAGGACGAGGCCCAACGCCAACUUCUUCUGCAAAGGCAGCAACAGCUUCGCCGACUGCAGCUCAUGAAACAGCAGCAGCUGCAGGCCCAAGCCCAAGCGGGACAAGUGGUACAGGGACAAGUGGUUCAAGGCCAGGUUGUUCAGGGAGUCCAGGGUGGACAGGUGGUGCAGGGUCCUCGAAUGGGCACCCCACCCUUUGCCGUUGCCCAGGGAGUUGUUCCAGGGCAAGUGCCUCAGCAGGUCGUGGCCGCUCAGCAAGCGACCACUCCGGGUGAGGACGGUGCUUCGAGCAACAGUGCCCCAACAACACCGCAGCCAGCCACCGCUGAUGGUCAGGUCGGGACGCCAACUCCACCUCAACAGCAACAGGCACAGUUCCAACAACUUUUGGUAAAUGCGAAGACCAAAACUGCACUUGCGAACAUGCUUAGCAGUCGUCUCCAGAGUGGAGGGGCAGGUGAAGCGACCCCUGCCUCUGUCCAGCUACGCCUGAUGACUCAGCAGCACCAACAACAGCAAAGGCCACCUCAGCCUGGCGUUGCGGGUCAGCCUGUCGCUAUGGCCCCUCAACAAAUACAGCAGCAACCAGUAGCCGCUGGGGUUGGAGUUGGUGUCAACAAUCAAAACCAGCAGCAGUUUUUGCUCACAUAUCCACCAAGGGGCAGAGGCGCCGCAGGUCCAAAUCAGCCUACCCAAGUUCUGGUUCGCAAUGCCCAGGGCAUUGUUCAGUACACGUCAACCAGAGUUUUGGCCUUAAAUCAGCAAGGAGCUGCUAAUGUUCAGCCAGAGGGAAGCCAGACCCCUACUCCGGGACCUCAGCCGACAAUUCAAAUCCAAUUUUACGGACACAGUCCCAAUAUGAAAGUGCCUCCAAAUUUGUGCCUUUUGGGAUGCGUCUUCAUGACUUCUGAGUAUGCUGCCAUGUAUAGUAAUGAAGAACUCGAGGCUUGGCGCAAUCAGAUUGUGAAUCACGGUGGCGAAGUAGAGAACUUCUACAGCACAAGAGUCACACACGUUCUUUGUCCACAUCAAAGAUCGGCUCUCGCAACUCUUGCUGCUAGGGAGGGUAAACGGCUAGUUUCUGCCUUUUGGCUGAAUGACGUCCUUCUGAAGCAGCGGAUGCUUGCUCCUUGGCAGGCACUGCAUCUUCCUCUGGCGUACAAUGAGGAUACUCGUCCUUUGAAGAAAUUCAUCAUCACUAGCUCUGGAUUUACAGCAGAGGAAAAGGAGAGAAUUAAGUACAUUGUUACCACUCUUGGUGGCAGAUACACACCUUACCUAACAAAGGAGAACAAAAUUCUGAUCUGCAGAAAAGCGGAGGGAAAGAAAUAUAACCAAGCAAGGCAGUGGCGCACCACAAUUGUGAACGCUCAUUGGCUGCAUGAAAUCAUGCUAGGCCAGUUCCGAGCUUUACAUGCUUCUGGCUAUGCCAAGUACCAGCAGUUCAAUGACAAUCCCCUUGGCCUUGAUUACUCAAUCGUGCCCCAUUUGAUGCUUGCAUGGAAAGUGCCUGUGCCAAUUUCACCUGAAAGUUUGGAGCGAGGGAAGUUGCUGCAGCAACAACACAUUGCCUCAGGCCAGCUGAACAAUCCAAAGAAACGACCAGCUCCUAUUCCUAUUGAGCAGGCUAACAAAAUGGAUAGGCCUGGCUCGAAAAUUCUCAAAAUGGAAGAACUUCAGCUGCCAAAUGAAAAUGGAGAGUUGCAUCAACCCCCUCCUGCUCCAGAACAGAAUAGUGCUGACAAAGUGUUUUUCCAACUUUCCUAUGUUACUAAAAGAGAAGAGCUUCAGAAACAAGCGGAAGAGUUGGGAGGAGUGCUUACAAAAGACUAUGACAAGCUUACCCAUUUGGUAAUGCGAGAUGCAGAGAGAACUGAAAAACUCUUGUGUGCAGUGUCCAAGGCAAAGUAUAUCGUUAAUGAAAAAUGGCUAUCGGAAAGUGCUGCACAACAGAAAUUUUUAGAUCCUGAUCCUUACAUUUUUUCCAACACCAAUUUGGAGCAGCAUUACAACUUUGGUUUUAAAGAACUGAUGAAAAAGCCAAACAGGGACCAAUUAUUCAAGGACCGUGUAUUCUACAUCUCUCCUGGCUGCACGCCGGUUGUUCACGUAAUCGAGGACAUAAUAAUGUGUGCUGGCGGGCAGGUGGAGAAAAAGCGCCGUCCAGUCGCUCAUGUUGUUGAAAUGAACAAGGCCAACCCCAACUCUUAUAUCAUCCUCUCCGACUCAAAUGAUCUCCAUUUAGUCGUUGACUACAUCAAUGCAAACAUAGAUAUCUUUUCUGUGGAGAUGGUGUACUCCAGCAUCUUCAAACAAAGCCUGGAUCUGACUGACCAACACAAAAUUGUUUUAAGAUGAACAAAGUGUUAAAUUGUAAGUGUUUUUAAUUUUUAACCAAACCGUAUCUGGUUCAUUUUGAGUUUGAAAAAUAAAUGACAGUUAAAAUUUGUAAAUUGGAA